CGGGCCGCUUACGCGGUACACGCGGCCCGAAGCCGUGCCGCCGGCAUUACGUCGCGCACCGUCGACCGCGACUGACGUUCGUGCAAAACGUGCCUAGUUUACCCAAUAACUCAACUCGAUCCCGACACGUCCGAGCACGGCGUCAUCGAUCCCCGCCGUCUAUCGAGCUCGAUCGUGGAAACAGUGAGACAUUCGAUUCGUGCGGUAAAUUCCGAAGCGCCGUCACGUCCGUCGUUCAACAACCUGUAGGAGCUUCCGUAAAACGCGGUGAUGUGAUUGAAAAUAGAUCCGCCGAUCGAUUGGGACAUAGUGACAUCUCGCGGGUCUCCAAGUGCGAUUGACUUUUUAACGAUUGUGAGAGGUGUCGGAUUGAUAAAUCGAUGCGUCGACGCGUAGAAGAGCGGGACGAUUGAUAUCGGUACGUUCAGGAUGGAACUCGGUGAGGUUUCGAAGGUGCCGAGGAUGUCGUGCGCGAUGAAAGACACGCGGUGAGCAUCCGAUGCGUCCGUCGUUGUCGCGCGGGUAAGAAAAGCUGGAGCUGCUGGUAGCGAGAAGGUAGAGCAUAAGGAUCGUGGUGGCAAGGUGAAAUCACGACGUCCUGCUUGGAGGGUGCGUGCUUCGGCGACAAGGGGCGGCUACUGGCCGAUGGGAUGCAUCUACCGGUGGGUUCCGUGGGCUGCGGGGAGAAUUACGCGAACGUUGGAUCGUACGAAGGCGGCGGACCGUGCGGCCCUUCACUGGCGCCUCUCCAGGGGGUGAACACCAGGUACCAGCAGGCCGACGACGCCGACACCGGGGGUGCUGGCGGCGAGAUGAGCGAAGGUGCCGCCGUCGGCGAGCUAUGGUGGACUGACAGGCUCGUCGGCGAGGCACAAGCAGAGCACCCCGGUGAACUCGUACGGACAGGAUCGCCGUACUUUCUCUGCAGUCAACUGCCGACUCACUGGCGGUCCAACAAGACGCUUCCGGUUGCGUUCAAAGUUGUCGCCUUGGGCGAGGUCGGCGAUGGGACUGUGGUGACAGUGAGGGCGGGUAACGACGAAAACUGUUGCGCUGAACUAAGAAAUUCCACUGCCUUGAUGAAGAACCAAGUCGCCAAGUUCAACGACCUGAGGUUCGUCGGCAGAAGCGGCAGAGGGAAGAGCUUCAGUAUCACGAUCACGGUAUCAACGACGCCACCCCAAGUGGCAACGUAUACGAGGGCGAUCAAGGUUACCGUAGACGGGCCGAGGGAGCCGCGCUCGAAAACGAUGUUUUAUUUUUCAGGGCAAACGCACAUACCGGGACUGGCACGGGUCCCGGCGCUGCCUCGGGUGCCUGGAUUGGCGCGAGGGACCUUCCCCGACGCGCCGAGCCCUUUCACCCCGUACGUUCGGGAACCGGAACCGUACAGGAGGAAUAAGCAUCACGUCGGCAACAACGUCACCGCGAAUUCGGUUAGUGGUGCCUGUACCAACCCCAACAACACUGAUCCGACCGCAUCGCCCGCUUCGAGUACACACCUCGGAGCUACCGGCGGAUCCUCCGCUCAUCAAGACUGUUACAAGCACAGCCCUCAGCACGGCGAUACGAGUGCAGUGACAGCGGAGUGGCCUUACUCAUCAGCGGCGCCGUCUUAUCCUGCGCCUCCGGUGAGUAUCGGUGGUUCCUUCUCACCUGGCGCGUUCUCCUACCCAGGCGAGUCCCUCUCUCAUCAUCCAACUACGGAACCAGUGCCACUAUCCACUGUUCUCCCAUCAGAGAACCAACAAGACACGUACACGCCGAACUGCGUGUCGAUGUACCCGAGCCACGGUUCCACGUCUGCCUCUUUGCCGCUGGUACCAGCGAAGUCCAACGACCCAGACAUCUUCGCGAGCAGCGGCACCGGGAGCGGCAGUCCCGGCUAUCACUACAGUUCCUGGACCUCGGCGCCCGCGACUCCGGUCCCGGUCCCCUCCCACAAUUACAACUCGAAUUACCAGGGUUACUACAACAAUCCGAACCAGAACUACGCGCCCAUGGUACUCUACCCGCAGUUGUACAGCACGGUAAACCAGAACCAAAUCCAUUUGCAUUUGCACGGGGACUUGAGCGAAGAGCAGGUGACCAUCGCCGGCAGCAACCUGACGAUCAGUAGCAACAGGCUGGAGAUCGGCGUGAUGGGCGAGGAGAACGAGCAAAGGAACGACGUGUGGAGACCUUAUUGAGCGGAUCAAGGACAGAUACGAUUGUGUACCGGUGUUAUAAAUGUGAUAUCGCGGAGAGAAUUAUGUGCGCGGUUCGAACGAGUUAAGGGAGUCGGUGUUAACUGGUAGUGCUCGAAGGGAACCGAUUUUUCGCGGUCGGACAUCGUCCGAGCUGGAGCGGUGUUGUAAAAAAAAAGUAAGAAUGAGAGAAGGAAAGUUUCGAAGUGUUAGAAAGGAUCUCUUCGUAUCGAGGAAACUUUUGCAAAUAAAGAAGUGAAUGAGAGAGAGAGAGAGAAGCGGACCGAUCUCGAUUCUCGGGUGUAAACCGAGCCAGCGCGAGCGCGUAUCCGCAAAGUGGGAAGACAGUCGUGUAACAUUGUAAAUACAGAUAUUUUCCAUGAAAUAAAAUCUUGCCUGAA